AUGGUCCUUCCCCAUUUCACUGUAGUGCCCCAACGGCCCAACAUUUUCGCACCUCCACACAUUACCCAUUCCAGCGGCCCAGCAUUUUCGCACCUCCACACAUUACCCAUUCCAGCGGCCCAACAUUUUCGCACCUCCACACAUUACCCAUUCCAGCGGCCCAACAUUUUCACACCUCCUCACAUUACCCAUUCCAGCGGUCCAACAUUUUCACACCUCCUCACAUUACCCAUUCCAGCGGCCCAACAUUUUCGCACCUCCACACAUUACCCAUUCCAGCGGCCCAACAUUUUCACAUCUCCACACAUUACCCAUUCCAGCAGCCCAACAUUUUCACACCUCCUCACAUUACCCAUUCCAGCGGUCCAACAUUUUCACACCUCCACACAUUACCCAUUCCAGCGGCCCAACAUUCUCACACCUCCACUCAUUGCCCAUUCCAGCGUCCCAAAAUUCUCAUACCUACACACAUUGCCCAUUCCAGCGGCCCAAGUUCCUCACACCUCCACUCAUUGCCCAUUCCAAUUGCCCAAAAUUCUCACACUUCCACAAAUUGCUUAA